AUGGGUCGCACAGGCACAAUCCUUCUCACCGGUGCCAACGGUGGAUUAGGUAGUGCAAUCGUUUCUGCUAUUCUCUCCGAUUCUCACAUAGCGCAAGCUCACCAUGGGUUGUACGCCGUUCGCAGCAUCGACAGUGCGAGCAGCGUCCGGGCGGUACUUCAGACUUCCAAUGGCGAGGGUCAUGCACACGAUCUUGUUCCACUGGACCUCGCAAGCCUUUCCAAUGUGCACUCAACCGCGGAGCAGAUCAAUCGUAGAGUAGCAGCCGGCGAGAUCCCGCCGAUUCGUGCCCUGAUUCUCAAUGCUGGCUGGCAAGAGUACACGACGCAUACGCUGACUAACGAUGGCUUUGACAUGGCAUUCCAGGUGAACUAUCUGGGCCACUUCCUGCUGACACUGCUCCUGCUACAGAGCCUGGAUAAGGAGCAUGGGAGAAUCGUGGUGCUGGGAAGCUGGUCACAUGACACCGCAGAUCCAAGGAACGCCACUGGUCCCCAGGGUAAAGUAUACACCCGAGAUGGGUACAAGACGAUCUUCACAAGCGACCCCUGGAACGGGGAGGACAUGGCCAGAGGGAAGUGGAGCUCCGCAGAGAAGCACCCGGGCGACAUCGAGGCCGGGUUCCGGAGGUACGGGGCCUCGAAGCUAUGCGAGGUUAUGAUGAUGCGUGAGUUCUCGCGGCGGGUCGAGUCCGACCAGUCUCUCUCUCGCGUGGCUGUCCUGGGCGUGGACCCGGGCGCGAUGCCAUCCAGCCUGGGCUCGCGCGGGACCUUAACGCUGAGGAUGAUCUUCAAGCUCGUCAUGCCGCUGCUGAAUCCCAUCGCGAGCGCCCUGCAGCCCAACGGCAUGCUCCGCACCACCAAGAAGUCGGCUGGCGACGUGAUCAGGGCGUGUUUUGAUUCCGAGACUCUGGGCGACAGGCCGAACGGCGUCUACCUAGAUGGCUCCCAAGUAGGCGACGUCGGAGCCGAGGCCAAGGAUCGGGAGAAGUGCGAGAGGUUGUGGAGGGCGAGUCUGGUGUGGGCUGGGGUGAAGGAGGGGGACACGGUGUUGGGAGACUGGAGGUAA